AUGGUGGCUCAUGUGGAAGGAUCUAUCCAGAUAGCAGACACCGAGGCGUCCUCGUCGCGGACGCCCGGGUCGUCCGGCGCAGUGCGCUUCCCAGAGUCAACUUCCUCCCGGCAGACGUCGUUCUCCCAGGCUUCUUCUCUUGGCUUGGGUCAGCCUCCUGGCCGUAAAACGCUAUUUGAGGACAAUCACGCUCAGCUCGCUGCGUCGGCUGGCUAUUACGAGGAUGAUCGUCGCCGCCGCGUGCGCUCGGCUGUCGUUUCACAACGCAUCGCCAGCCCAGCUUUAGCCGGCCAGCAGUCCCUCAGCGCGAACUCCAAGCCCCGGAGACCGUCCGGCGCGGACAAUAACCGCAACAGCGAGCUCAGACCGCGCAGAGUCACGAUGAGCAACGCGCCACCAGCUGGCUUGGACGAGUACGAGCCCAACGUGUUCUCGGACGAGUACGAUCUAUCCCAUGAAGACCCGAAGAUCUUGGAGGAAGUCCAGCAUGCGCUCAAGCUCAAGGCUCGCCGAGAAGCCCGGCAGGUCGACUCGAUGCGCACCGUGUCGAGCGCCUCAUCCCUCCCCUCCGAACCCACUCGCGCACCCGUCUCACCCGCACACUUUCCUCGCCUCGCCAAAGCCAGCGUAGAGUCCGAGCUUGAUUUUGCCCCGCGGGUCGGCUUGGAUCACCUGCAUCCCGUGCCCUUGUCCUUCAAUGACGGCCGCACUCUCGAUUGGGGCCCGGAUCCAUCCCAGGAGGAGGGGAGCGAGCGGAAAUGGCCGAUCAGCAUGCCGAAGAGGAAGCGAGAACGCCAUCAGUCAACGCCCGGAAAGGAGGUGUUAGAUCGGCAGGUUGCACGGUGGAACGAGCGUACCACUCGAACUCGUGUGAGCAUGUCUGCGCAGACACUUCGCAAAGCGGAGAUUACGCGCUCUCAGCUGGGGCGGCGUUAUACCGUACUGAAUGCAACACUUGAGCCAGGCAAGCAACCGCUAGCCUUGACGAAGGUCGUUGGCUGGUAUACUCGCCUCGAGCCUGACGUACAGAACGCGCUCGACACUGCUGAGCCAUUCACUUGGCUUAAGCACCUCCGUGAUCGCACGCUCGCUCGUACGGGAAAGCGUGUACCCUGGCAUAUCUCCGCCCUGCUCGUGGAAGAGUUCGUACGCGCGCGCCUGCGUCCUCCAGACCCGAAUGGACAAACCAUCAACUACAUGAGCCCCAUCCCUGAACAUGGCGUUGCAUCCAGCUCGUCCAUGCCUCCUCAACCCAUCAGCCCUUCGUCUCGCAGCCUGGAGUCCAUGCGAGAUACGAGUCCUAUCGUCAGCUUAGGCGCCAGUCUGUCGCGUCGACGCAGUCUCGAUGGCAAUGUCUCCUUCGAGCCGCUCAGCUCUGGGAGGCGAUCACUCGGAGCGGAUUCGCGAAGGAGUAUUGAAGGGAACGCGUACGGCUAUAGACGGGAAUUGUGGGACAGGGAGUUCCGCGCCGGCACAGAGAGCCCAAGAAGCAGCAUAUACAGCGCAUCAUCUCAUCCCGAGCUCUCCGCCGCUUCGCCGUCGAGCUCCCGGGCGCGUGUGCGUUCUCAGGUCGCGAAGCUCACUCGCAACACGCACGAUAGCGAUGACCUCGCAUCUCCACAUCAGUCACAGAGUGAAGGCUCCGACGGCGAACGACGAGCAGGGCGCCGGCGCACGUUCCGCUUCAGACCUUCUGGACUCGACCUGAUUGGUCGUUCAGCCACUGUGCCCGAACUACGUAUCAGUGAAGACCUAGGCGAGAACGACAGCCAAUCUCGACCGUUGAGUCAGGAUGUCAGCGAUGGAGGGCUUACGCCCGGUUUGAGAGAGGCGCUGACCGCUCGAGAUGGUGAGAGCACUGCCGUUGCGGCCGUCUCCACAGAUGAUAUCGCUUCGCCAACACGACCCAAUGGGCCGUAUCGUGCAAACUCUCGCAUCCUGCAGAUGAGGGGCUACCGCACGUCUCUGCCUUCUUUACGACCACCUUCUCUAAGCGAAGAUCGUGCAAAGACGGACGCCGAUGAGGAGAGCGAGAUCGCGGAGUACGACCGCAGAGCACAACUCCUUGAUAACACCAUCGCGCAGAAUCAGCGCAAUCGACAUCUACUACAACGGGUGGCAAAUAGUAUCAAAGAGUACGAGCAAGUCCUCACGCGCAUGGCACGCACGCUCGACCUUCCCUACGUGGCGUUACCAGAGGAUCUUCUGGACGCUGUCUCUCAUGAUCCAGCUAUCAUCACCGGCCACACGCGAACUCUCCGCGGAUAUGCGGCGGUGGACAGUAUCCACGAGAACUUGCACUCGCAGCAAGAAGUUGUUGCCCGUUUUCUUGCCGCACAUGCAGAGACAGGUGCUGGUAAUAUGACGGUGGAGCGCAGCGUGCUGGAGGGUGGCAUACAGGACUUCACCUUGACGCUAGGGAAAUUGGAGGAAGAACAAGUUGGGAUCGGACAGAAGAGUGCAGACGUCGCCGAGUCUCUGGCCCGCGUCAAGCUGCUACAAGCUCAGGUCAAAGACGAGUAUUAUGCCGCCACUCAGCAUACUUCGGCCGUCUACCCCGAGCUAUCUCAAAUUCUCACGCUCGAGGAUAGCUACAACAAUCGCUUUCAGAACUUUCAAGAGUUCGCCCAAGAUGCGCUCACGUUCAUACUCGACGCCGCAGUCCCCUUCUGGCGCAACUAUGGCAAAGUUAUCGGCGUCGACGUACAAGACUUCCUCAUCGUGCCUUGGUACCGCAACGAGUUCACGGGCGAACCCAAGCGCUACCCCAUCACACAUCUUCCCCGGCGCUCGCUUCGACAUUGGAUAUGCCUCGCGCUACUAUAUGAUCUCACCAUCACGCUAUUGGGCCUGCAACUGCGCGGUAUCUGGAUCAGCAUCCGAUGGAACAACCUCCCUUACCUGGCGCAUCACUUCUUGUGGAUAGUGUCUGUCCCUAUGUUCUGGGGCUGCGUCCUGGCUCAGAUUAUAGCCAUCAUCGUCGAGACUGCCGUCGUGAUAGCGCAGCUGGCGGUAGUGGCGUGGUGGAUAGCGUGGUACUGUCGUAUUGUGGACUAA